AUGCUGUCCCGGAGCCGAGCCCUGGCGGCCGGGGUCGCCGUCUACUGGAAGCCGCUCUUCAGGGGCCGCCUCCUACUGGUCACCAACACCCUCAGCUGCGGGGGCCUCCUGGCCGCCGGUGACACCCUGCGGCAAGCCUGGGAGAGGAAGCAGGACCCCCGGCGCAAGCGGGACCUGGCCCGCACAGCUCGGAUGUUUGCCGUGGGCUGCAGCAUGGGCCCCCUGAUGCACUACUGGUACCUCUGGCUGGACCGUGCCUUCCCCGCCGCCGGGCUCAGCGGGAUCAGAUCCGUCCUGAAAAAGGUCUUCAUUGACCAGCUAGUGGCCUCUCCGGCUCUGGGCAUUUGGUAUUUCUUGGGGAUGGGGUCCCUGGAGGGACAAACUCUGGCUCACAGCUGGCAGGAUCUGGAGGACAACUUCUGGGAAUUCUACAAGAUGGACUGGUGUGUCUGGCCCCCGGCACAGCUGGUCAACUUCCUGUACCUCCCUCCAAAGUACCGUGUGAUCUACAUGAACGUCAUUACGCUCGGCUGGGAUACCUACCUCUCCUACCUUAAGCAUCGGCCUAAACAGCCACCCCUCGGCAUGGAGGAAGAUUCCGAGCCCUGCGCCAUGGAGAUCCAAACCACCAGCUGA